GUGGAGGCGGCGGUGGCAGAGCAAGCAGGUGUCAUCCACAGCAGCGGAGGCGGCGGGGCAUGUACGGCAGCAGCAGCUUCGGAGCUGCCGCCGCCGGUAGUGCUGCCGCUGGUGCGUGGUGCGCUGCGGAUGUGCGGCAACCCGAGGUGCGGGAACUACGGCGGCUCAUGCGAGGGGGCGCUGAGGCUCAGCAGGUGCGCCGGCUGCCGUGCCGUACACUACUGCAGCGUGGAGUGUCAGAAGCAGCACUGGCGGGAGGGCGGACACAAGCUGGAGUGCGUGGCGAGCCGGGGAGUGCCCCUGUCGUACAGCCCCUAGCCCUCUAGGGCGGGAAGCAUGCGGAAUGGCAGCAGCCACAGCUGCAUAAACAUGUUGUUGAGUUGUUGUGGUUAAAAUGGCAGGAAGCAUACUGGGGCCGCUUGUUGUCGAGUGGCGUUCAGGAGCCAGCUCUGAGGAAGGCGAGAGAGAGGAGGUACGGGGAGAAAAAGGGCAAGAGGAUGGAUCAGCAGCUCUGGCGGUGUUGCAGACGAACCUUGUUUGUUUAGGACGUUACCGUUCGGGGAGUUGGUUUGUAGUAGCCUGGUAGCAACUGUGCCGUGUAACUGUAUUGGCCUUAGCUGUCGACCGAGGAGAGAUGCACUUGUGGCUGGUAAGGGGGUGUCGUGGCUGAUGACGACGGGAAUGUUGUGUGUGAGUCCUAGGGCAGCUUGGGAGCGGAAGCGGUGUACGGCAAUGGGACGACACGGGCAAAGUUGGGGGAGGGAGGGGUGCACUUAAGCAUGCGGCUGGUCUGGGGACGAAUUCCAAGUUCUGGAAUCGGGAGUCGGCGUAGGCCUGUUCCUGUCCAUAUCCUUUUGCCAAGCGGGAAUGACUGCGAUUAAGGUGUACUACAAUGAUGACUAAGUUUACAAUCGGGGUCUUUUGUAGCAAUCGGGCCUAUUUAAUCCUCUCACACUCCAACAUCUAUCUAUGCCUAGUCAUGGCAAUCAACUCUGAGCCCGUUGUUCUUAGCGAGAUACACUCAACUGCUGCACUCGGUACCGAACAAGACGACAAACAGUGCACCGCUGUCACGCGCUUUUACUUGAUAGAUACGAGCACUGAAGAACGCUCGGAUCCAGACCUGAACUCAAGCCGUCAAUCUAGCGACAGCGAAAGCGACAGCAGCAGCCAACAGCCCGUCGCGAAGCAACGCAAGCUUAUUGUCGACCGCUGCGGUGACUUGCGCGUCCCAAGGCGCCCGAAAGCUAAGCAGCCACGACGCUUCAUCUCUAUCCGGCACAACAGCCGGGCAACGCCCAUCGCUGAUGUGGGAUUGCAGGUAUGGCGAGGUGCAUGCCUGCUGUGCGACUGGCUCCUCUCCCAGCGGCCCCUGCGUCCACCGCACCAGCUGGGCCCAGGCUGUACUACUGCUGCCGGGGCCACUGCCGCUGCCGAUUCCUCCAUCAACCCUGGCACCCUGAUCCUAGAGCUGGGCUGCGGGGUGGGCUUGGUUGGGGUGGCAGCAGCAGCAGCAGGCGGGAAUGCGGCCACUGGAAGGGCAGCGGGAGCAGCAGCAGUAGCAGGUGAUGGUAGCGUGUCGGCGCAUGCUGUUGCUGCAGCCCGAGUUGUGCUCACGGACGUGCAUGAGGGGGCGCUACAGCUAGCGGCGACAAACCUAGUCGCUAACGGGGGUCUUAUUACGACUGGGCUGCUGCGGAGGGAGAGGGAGGAGGGUAGGGAGGGCAGCAGCAGGGAGAGCGUGCGAGUAGACAUUUGUCGGCUGGACUGGUUUGACUUCCUGACGUUCGAGAGCGGUGGCGGAGGCGAUGGCGGAGGCGGUGGUGUUAGCGCGGAGGCUAUAAUUGCAGCCCUGCUGGCCGCGGAGGGUGUCAGCAGCAGCAGCGGAGGUGGAUGUGGCGGAGGCGGCGGCAAAGGGUCACCAUACAUGGCAACAGAGGCAGCGGCGGGAGCGGCGGAGGCGGUGGCAAACCCGGUAUGCGUCGCAACAGGGGGAUCUACAGCCAUGGCAGAUGCGGGCGCUGAACGCUUGAGCAGCCUGAGGGAAGCGGGCGCAGCCGCGGCGGCAGCGGCAACAUUACAAGUAGUACACAACGCGGGACUUGCGUCUGUCGUACAGGCGCUGGUUGACGCCGACGACGUUUGCCUGCUUGCCGCCGACACGGUGUACGACACAGCGCUGACGGAGGCCUUCGUCAAGUGCGCUGCCGCACUUCUGUCGUACCGGGCCUCUGCUCGGAGGAGGGCAGCGGCAGCAGGGACGGCGGCAGCGUUGCCGCUGGGCCUUAACAAUGCCUCCGUUGGCGGUAGCGGCGGCGGUGGCGGCGGCGGUGAGAGUAAUACGGCAGGCGCUUCCUCCUCCGCAGCGGCCGAGGUUGAAGACGGUGCUACUGUCCGCCGCCGCUGCAGCAGUGGCGGCGGUGGCGGUGAUGGAAGGCUUAUCGUAGCUCUGGAGAAGCGCUUCAACUUCACGCUACGUGACAUGUCGGUCAGGGCCUCCGCCUUUGAGGACUUCAUGCGCUACGUGGUUCCGGAGGGCGCGGCUGUGGCCACCGCAGAGGCCGCGACGAGAUUGUCGUACGGGUCCGGAGGCGUGAAGCCGGGCGACGAUGGCGGCGAAGACACUGUACGGAAGCACGCGCCCGUGGACCUCCCUUCCUGUCCUGGUGUGGCAUCAUGGGAGGAGGCGGCUGGGCGGCGGCCGCUGUUCCGGGGCAGGCGGCUGGAUGUGUCUGCGGUGCCUCAGGUGUUGCAGUAUGAGCGGAGCCCCCAACUGGAGCUUUGGGAGUUGAGGCUGCUGUGAAGCAAUGAGCGGACCUGGCCCUGAAAUGACCUCUUAGAACGGAAUGCGGGGCACGCUGCUUGGUGACAGAAAGGCGAUUGCGCGUUUGCCAGGACGCGUUCUUCCAACGGUUACGACUGAGCUUGUUGCCACUCCACGCCAGCCCAGGAGCUGACCGCCUUGUAACCCUCCCUGAC